CAGUGGCUGGUGUCUCAGGGGGCAGAAACAUGGCCCGGGCAGCACUCGUUAUCCUCCCGCUCCUGGCGGCUCUCUGCAGCGCUGACCCCGCAGUAUACUUCAAGGAGGAGUUCAAUGAUGGAGAUGGAUGGACGCAGCGCUGGGUAGAAUCGAAACACAAAACAGACUAUGGCAAGUUCAAGGUCACUGCUGGGAAGUUCUAUGGAGAUGCAGAUAAAGAUAAAGGACUCCAGACCAGCCAGGAUGCCCGCUUUUAUGCCCAGUCUGCCGGCUUUGACUCCUUUUCAAAUAAAGACAAAACACUGGUGAUCCAGUUCUCUGUGAAGCACGAGCAGAGCAUUGAUUGUGGUGGUGGAUACGUGAAACUCUUCCCUACAAGCCUGGACCAGACUGACAUGCAUGGAGAUUCCGAAUACAACAUAAUGUUUGGUCCUGAUAUUUGUGGCCCACCUACCAAGAAGGUUCAUGUAAUCUUCCACUACAAGGGAAAGAACCUCCAGAUCAACAAAGACAUCCGAUGCAAGGAUGAUGUGUUCACCCACCUUUACACCCUGAUUGUGCGGCCAGAUAACACCUAUGAAGUGAAGAUUGACAACAGCAAGGUAGAGUCUGGAAGCCUGGAGGAAGACUGGGACUUCCUGCCACCCAAGAAGAUUAAGGACCCUAAAGCAACGAAACCCGAUGACUGGGAUGAGAGAGCCAAGAUUGAUGACCCAGACGAUAAGAAGCCAGAGGAUUGGGAUAAGCCUGAACACAUCCCUGAUCCUGAUGCAGUGAAGCCAGAAGACUGGGAUGAGGAAAUGGAUGGAGAAUGGGAGCCACCGGUCAUUCAGAACCCAGAAUACAAGGGAGAUUGGAAACCUCGCCAGAUUGAUAACCCGAACUUCAAAGGAAAGUGGGUACACCCAGAGAUCGAUAACCCAGAGUACACCCCAGAUUCCACACUGUACCAGUAUGAAAGCUUUGCAUACCUCGGACUUGAUUUGUGGCAGGUGAAAUCUGGCACAAUUUUCGACAACUUCUUGAUGACCGAUGAUGAGAAGUUUGCAGAAGAAUAUGGCAAUGAAACAUGGGGUGUUACAAAGGAUGCAGAGAAGAAAAUGAAAGAGCAACAAGAUGAGGAGGAACGCAAAAAGCAAGAGGAAGAAGAUAAGAAUAGAAAGGAGGAAGAACCAGCAGAAGAACCUGAGGAGGAUGACGAGGAUGAUGAAGACGAAGAGAAAGAUGAAGACAAAGCAGAAGAGGAUGAUGACGACGAUGAAGAUGAUGAUUCAGGCAAACCAAAGGACGAGCUUUAAGAUGGCUGCGUUCUGCUGCGCUCCCCAAACUGGCACUCUCCCCUUCCCUGGGCGUUCAUGUCUUAGAUAGGAGAGGGGAAAUGGGAUCGUUCUGUCUCUAUGAGACUCUAAAUUUAUAUAUAUUUUUUACUGUUUUUUGUUUUAAUCCUUUACAGGAAGAUGACCUGUCAAUCUUCCACCUCCUCUUCCCCAUCUCCUCUCUCCUUGAAUUCCUGGUUUCAGUCUUGUAACCCUCCACACCUCCCUCCCUCCCUCCUCCCUUUUUAACAUACCUUGAUUCUAAAUUCUGCUGUGGGGGCAGCCUGCAGCUCUUUAAUUCCCCUCACUGCUUACAAGCUGCAGGCUGUCUGCACGUGGUAUCCCAUUGCAGUAACUUCCUUCUACUGCAGUACAAAUUCCAGAGCAUCUGGGAGCAAGGGUCAGUGACCAGAUAUAAAUAUUUUUGAAAAUUUGAGUUUAUGUAUUGAAAACCACUUCUCCUUGCGCGUUGAAUAUCUUUUGCUCCAGGUGUGAGAACUGAUUUGCCAUGUACGGAGCAUCCUAUCUCUCUGGCAGUCACAGAGUAAAUGGACUUACUGCAGGGCUGCAGCCUCUUGCUGUGCAUUGAAUGCCUUGCUUUGUCAGUCACCGUAAGACUCUUUACCUAUUCUAUAGCUCAUGGGCUGCCGAAAAUGCAGUAUGAAAAUUAACUAAGUCAGUGUUCUGUGCUGGCACAAAUCAAUGAAGAACCCAGAGCAAGGGGUAGGCAACCUUCUACAUUUUCAGAUGUGGACUACAUCUCCCUUGAUGCUUUGCCAACAUUACAGCUGUAAGAGCAUUAUGGGAGAUAUGGUCCACAACAUCUGGAGUGCCAAAGGUUGCCUACCCCUUGCCCAGUCAGUGUUUCUUUCAGAUCUAGUAUACUGAAAUCGGGUCUUGUGAGACUUUCAAUAGAAAGUCCUGUAUUUGGGGAAACAUGUUUAACCUUUGUGUGGUUAGUCAAUCUUUUGGAUAAAUCAAUGAAUCUGUAUUUUAUAGAAGGUCUAACAAGCUGCCUUCCCAAAAACCAAAUCCAACACGUUAAUUGGUUAUUACCCCUCCCAACUAAAGAGAACCUUCUUUGAUUUUGUGUCCUUUAAUUUAUACAGUGGCCGGGGCUACUUGUGGGACAUAUGAAUGCAUUUUGUUGGAAUGUACAGAUGUAAGUUGAAUUUCUAUUAAAGAAGUUUGUGUCCACA